AUGUUAUUAGUUGCGACAGCUGAACCAUCCACUACUGAAGGAAAAACAACAGCCAACACCACAGAACCACCAACAACAGCAUCCACAACAGCCAAGACAACCACUGCAGAAGCUGAACCAUCCACUACUGCAGGAAAAACAGCCAACACCACAGAUCCACCAACAACAGCAUCCACAACAGCUGAACCAUCCACUACUGCAGGAAAAACAGCCAACACCACAGAUCCACCAACAACAGCAUCCACAACAGCUGAACCAUCCACUACUGCAGGAAAAACAGCCAACACCACAGAUCAACCAACAACAGCAUCCACAACAGCUGAACCAUCCACUACUGCAGGAAAAACAGCCAACACCACAGAUCCACCAACAACAGCAUCCACAACAGCUGAACCAUCCACUACUGCAGGAAAAACAACAGCCAACACCACAGAACCACCAACAACAGCAUCCACAACAGCUGAACCAUCCACUACUGCAGGAAAAACAGCCAACACCACAGAUCCACCAACAACAGCAUCCACAACAGCUGAACCAUCCACUACUGCAGGAAAAACAGCCAACACCACAGAUCCACCAACAACAGCAUCCAUAACAGCUGAACCAUCCACUACUGAAGGAAAAACAGCCAACACCACAGAACCACCAUCAACAGCAUCCACAACAGCCAAGACAACCACUGCAGAAGGUACAACAGCACGGACCACUGCAUCAACAACAGCAGCAUCUACAACAGCUGAACCAUCCACUACUGAAGGAAAAACAACAGCCAACACCACAGAACCACCAACAACAGCAUCCACAACAGCUGAACCAUCCACUACUGCAGGAAAAACAGCCAACACCACAGAUCCACCAUCAACAGCAUCCACAACAGCUGAACCAUCCACUACUGCAGGAAAAACAGCCAACACCACAGAUCAACCAACAACAGCAUCCACAACAGCUGAACCAUCCACUACUGCAGGAAAAACAGCCAACACCACAGAUCCACCAACAACAGCAUCCACAACAGCUGAACCAUCCACUACUGCAGGAAAAACAACAGCCAACACCACAGAACCACCAACAACAGCAUCCACAACAGCUGAACCAUCCACUACUGCAGGAAAAACAGCCAACACCACAGAUCCACCAACAACAGCAUCCACAACAGCUGAACCAUCCACUACUGCAGGAAAAACAGCCAACACCACAGAUCCACCAACAACAGCAUCCAUAACAGCUGAACCAUCCACUACUGAAGGAAAAACAGCCAACACCACAGAACCACCAUCAACAGCAUCCACAACAGCCAAGACAACCACUGCAGAAGGUACAACAGCACGGACCACUGCAUCAACAACAGCAGCAUCUACAACAGCUGAACCAUCCACUACUGAAGGAAAAACAGCCAACACCACAGAACCACCAUCAACAGCAUCCACAACAGCCAAGACAACCACUGCAGAAGGUACAACAGCACGGACCACUGCAUCAACAACAGCAGCAUCUACAACAGCUGAACCAUCCACUACUGAAGGAAAAACAACAGCCAACACCACAGAACCACCAACAACAGCAUCCACAACAGCUGAACCAUCCACUACUGCAGGAAAAACAGCCAACACCACAGAUCCACCAACAACAGCAUCCACAACAGCCGAGGCAACCACUCCAGAAGCUGAACCAUCCUCUACUGCAGGAAAAACAGCCAACACCACAGAUCCACCAACAACAGCAUCCACAACAGCCAAGACAACCACUGCAGAAGGUACAACAGCACCGACCACUGCACCAACAACAGAAGCAUCUACAACAGCUGAACCAUCCACUACUGCAGGAAAAACAACAGCCAACACCACAGAACCACCAACAACAGCAUCCACAACAGCUGAACCAUCCACUACUGAAGGAAAAACAACAGCCAACACCACAGAACCACCAACAACAGCAUCCACAACAGCCAAGACAACCACUCCAGAUGGUACAACAGCACCCGCCACUGCACCAACAACAGCAGCAUCUACAACAGCUGAACCAUCCACUACUGCAGGAAAAACAGCCAACACCACAGAUCCACCAACAACAGCAUCCACAACAGCUGAACCAUCCUCUACUGCAGGAAAAACAGCCAACACCACAGAUCCACCAACAACAGCAUCCACAACAGCUGAACCAUCCACUACUGAAGGAAAAACAACAGCCAACACCACAGAACCACCAACAACAGCAUCCACAACAGCUGAACCAUCCACUACUGCAGGAAAAACAGCCAACACCACAGAUCCACCAACAACAGCAUCCACAACAGCCGAGGCAACCACUCCAGAAGCUGAACCAUCCUCUACUGCAGGAAAAACAGCCAACACCACAGAUCCACCAACAACAGCAUCCACAACAGCCAAGACAACCACUGCAGAAGGUACAACAGCACCGACCACUGCACCAACAACAGAAGCAUCUACAACAGCUGAACCAUCCACUACUGCAGGAAAAACAACAGCCAACACCACAGAACCACCAACAACAGCAUCCACAACAGCUGAACCAUCCACUACUGAAGGAAAAACAACAGCCAACACCACAGAACCACCAACAACAGCAUCCACAACAGCCAAGACAACCACUCCAGAUGGUACAACAGCACCCGCCACUGCACCAACAACAGCAGCAUCUACAACAGCUGAACCAUCCACUACUGCAGGAAAAACAGCCAACACCACAGAUCCACCAACAACAGCAUCCACAACAGCUGAACCAUCCUCUACUGCAGGAAAAACAGCCAACACCACAGAUCCACCAACAACAGCAUCCACAACAGCUGAACCAUCCACUACUGAAGGAAAAACAGCCAACACCACAGAACCACCAUCAACAGCAUCCACAACAGCCAAGACAACCACUGCAGAAGGUACAACAGCACCGACCACUGCAUCAACAACAGCAGCAUCUACAACAGCUGAACCAUCCACUACUGCAGGAAAAACAACAGCCAACACCACAGAACCACAAACAACAGCAUCCACAACAGCUGAACCAUCCACUACUGCAGGAAAAACAACAGCCAACACCACAGAACCACCAACAACAGCAUCCACAACAGCUGAACCAUCCACUACUGCAGGAAAAACAGCCAACACCACAGAUCCACCAACAACAGCAUCCACAACAGCUGAACCAUCCACUACUGAAGGAAAAACAGCCAACACCACAGAACCACCAUCAACAGCAUCCACAACAGCCAAGACAACCACUGCAGAAGCUGAACCAUCCACUACUGAAGGAAAAACAACAGCCAACACCACAGAACCACCAACAACAGCAUCCACAACAGCUGAACCAUCCACUACUGCAGGAAAAACAGCCAACACCACAGAUCCACCAACAACAGCAUCCACAACAGCUGAACCAUCCACUACUGAAGGAAAAACAGCCAACACCACAGAACCACCAUCAACAGCAUCCACAACAGCCAAGACAACCACUGCAGAAGCUGAACCAUCCACUACUGAAGGAAAAACAACAGCCAACACCACAGAACCACCAACAACAGCAUCCACAACAGCCAAGACAACCACUGCAGAAGGUACAACAGCACCGACCACUGCAUCAACAACAGCAGCAUCUACAACAGCUGAACCAUCCACUACUGAAGGAAAAACAACAGCCAACACCACAGAACCACCAACAGCAGCAUCUACAACAGCUGAACCAUCCACUACUGCAGGAAAAACAGCCAACACCACAGAACCACCAACAACAGCAUCCACAACAGCUGAACCAUCCACAACUGCAGGAAAAACAGCCAACACCACAGAUCCACCAACAACAGCAUCCACAACAGCCAAGACAACCACUCCAGUAGGUACAACAGCACACACGACUUCACCAACAACAGCAGCAUCUACAACAGCUGAACCAUCCUCUACUGCAGGAAAAACAGCCAACACCACAGAUCCAACAACAACAGCAUCCACAACAGCUGAACCAUCCACUACUGAAGGAAAAACAACAGCCAACACCACAGAACCACCAACAACAGCAUCCACAACAGCUGAACCAUCCACUACUGCAGGAAAAACAACAGCCAACACCACAGAUCCACCACCAACAGCAUCCACAACAGCUGAGGCAACCACUACAGAAGGAACAGCGCUACCAGGUGUCACAGAAUCAACAGCAGUAUCCACAACAGUUGAGGCAACAACUACAGAAGGAGAAGCAGUACCAGUUGUCACAGAAUCAACAGCAGUAUCCACAACAGUUGAAACAACCACUAAAGAAGCCACAACAGCACACAUCACAGAACAAUUAACAGCAGCAUCCACAACAGCAGAGACAACAACUCUAAAAGAUACCACACCUCACACCACAGAGCCAUCAACAGAAGCACUCACAACAGCUGAGGCAACAACCACAGCAGGAACAACAACAGACAAUACAGAACCACCAACAACAGCAUCCACAACAGCUGAGGCAACCACAACAGAAAGAACAACACAAGACAUCGUCAUAGAAUCAACAACAGUAGCAUCCACAACAGCUGAAGCAACCACUACAGAAGGAACGGCACUAACAGUUGUCACAGAAUCAACAGGGGUAUCCACAAAAGUUGAGGCAACAACUACAGAAGGAACAGCACUACCAAUUGUCACAGAAUCAACAGCAGUAUCCACAACAGCAGAGACAACAACUCUAAAAGAUACCACACCUCACACCACAGAGCCAUCAACAGAAGCACUCACAACAGCUGAGGCAACAACCACAGCAGGAACAACAACAGACAAUACAGAACCACCAACAACAGCAUCCACAACAGCUGAGGCAACCACAACAGAAAGAACAACACAAGACAUCGUCAUAGAAUCAACAACAGUAGCAUCCACAACAGCUGAAGCAACCACUACAGAAGGAACGGCACUAACAGUUGUCACAGAAUCAACAGGGGUAUCCACAAAAGCUGAACCAUCCACUACUGAAGGAAAAACAACAGCCAACACCUCAGAACCACCAACAACACCAUCCACAACAGCUGAGUCAACCAGUACAGAAGGAACAGCACUACCAGUUGUCACAGAAUCAACAGCGGUAUCCACAACAGUUGAGGCAACAACUACAGAAGGAACAGCACUACCAAUUGUCACAGAAUCAACAGCAGUAUCCACAACAGCAGAGACAACAACUCUAAAAGAUACCACACCUCACACCACAGAGCCAUCAACAGAAGCACUCACAACAGCUGAGGCAACAACCACAGCAGGAACAACAACAGACAAUACAGAACCACCAACAACAGCAUCCACAACAGCUGAGGCAACCACAACAGAAAGAACAACACAAGACAUCGUCAUAGAAUCAACAACAGUAGCAUCCACAACAGCUGAAGCAACCACUACAGAAGGAACGGCACUAACAGUUGUCACAGAAUCAACAGGGGUAUCCACAAAAGUUGAGGCAACAACUACAGAAGGAACAGCACUACCAAUUGUCACAGAAUCAACAGCAGUAUCCACAACAGCAGAGACAACAACUCUAAAAGAUACCACACCUCACACCACAGAGCCAUCAACAGAAGCACUCACAACAGCUGAGGCAACAACCACAGCAGGAACAACAACAGACAAUACAGAACCACCAACAACAGCAUCCACAACAGCUGAGGCAACCACAACAGAAAGAACAACACAAGACAUCGUCAUAGAAUCAACAACAGUAGCAUCCACAACAGCUGAAGCAACCACUACAGAAGGAACGGCACUAACAGUUGUCACAGAAUCAACAGGGGUAUCCACAAAAGUUGAGGCAACAACUACAGAAGGAACAGCACUACCAAUUGUCACAGAAUCAACAGCAGUAUCCACAACAGCAGAGACAACAACUCUAAAAGAUACCACACCUCACACCACAGAGCCAUCAACAGAAGCACUCACAACAGCUGAGGCAACAACCACAGCAGGAACAACAACAGACAAUACAGAACCACCAACAACAGCAUCCACAACAGCUGAGGCAACCACAACAGAAAGAACAACACAAGACAUCGUCAUAGAAUCAACAACAGUAGCAUCCACAACAGCUGAAGCAACCACUACAGAAGGAACGGCACUAACAGUUGUCACAGAAUCAACAGGGGUAUCCACAAAAGCUGAACCAUCCACUACUGAAGGAAAAACAACAGCCAACACCUCAGAACCACCAACAACACCAUCCACAACAGCUGAGUCAACCAGUACAGAAGGAACAGCACUACCAGUUGUCACAGAAUCAACAGCGGUAUCCACAACAGUUGAGGCAACAACUACAGAAGGAACAGCACUACCAAUUGUCACAGAAUCAACAGCAGUAUCCACAACAGCAGAGACAACAACUCUAAAAGAUACCACACCUCACACCACAGAGCCAUCAACAGAAGCACUCACAACAGCUGAGGCAACAACCACAGCAGGAACAACAACAGACAAUACAGAACCACCAACAACAGCAUCCACAACAGCUGAGGCAACCACAACAGAAAGAACAACACAAGACAUCGUCAUAGAAUCAACAACAGUAGCAUCCACAACAGCUGAAGCAACCACUACAGAAGGAACGGCACUAACAGUUGUCACAGAAUCAACAGGGGUAUCCACAAAAGCUGAGGCAACAACUACAGAAGGAACAGCACUACCAGUUGUCACAGAAUCAACAGCAGUAUCCACAACAGCAGAGACAACAACUCUAAAAGAUACCACACCUCACACCACAGAGCCAUCAACAGAAGCACUCACAACAGCUGAGGCAACAACCACAGCAGGAACAACAACAGACAAUACAGAACCACCAACAACAGCAUCCACAACAGCUGAGGCAACCACAACAGAAAGAACAACACAAGACAUCGUCAUAGAAUCAACAACAGUAGCAUCCACAACAGCUGAAGCAACCACUACAGAAGGAACGGCACUAACAGUUGUCACAGAAUCAACAGGGGUAUCCACAAAAGCUGAGGCAACAACUACAGAAGGAACAGCACUACCAGUUGUCACAGAAUCAACAGCAGUAUCCACAACAGCAGAGACAACAACUCUAAAAGAUACCACACCUCACACCACAGAGCCAUCAACAGAAGCACUCACAACAGCUGAGGCAACAACCACAGCAGGAACAACAACAGACAAUACAGAACCACCAACAACAGCAUCCACAACAGCUGAGGCAACCACAACAGAAAGAACAACACAAGACAUCGUCAUAGAAUCAACAACAGUAGCAUCCACAACAGCUGAAGCAACCACUACAGAAGGAACGGCACUAACAGUUGUCACAGAAUCAACAGGGGUAUCCACAAAAGCUGAACCAUCCACUACUGAAGGAAAAACAACAGCCAACACCUCAGAACCACCAACAACACCAUCCACAACAGCUGAGGCAACCACAACAGAAAGAACAACACAAGACAUCGUCAUAGAAUCAACAACAGUAGCAUCCACAACAGCUGAAGCAACCACUACAGAAGGAACGGCACUAACAGUUGUUACAGAAUCAACAGGGGUAUCCACAAAAGUUGAGGCAACAACUACAGAAGGAACAGCACUACCAGUUGUCACAGAAUCAACAGCAGUAUCCACAACAGCAGAGACAACAACUCUAAAAGAUACCACACCUCACACCACAGAGCCAUCAACAGAAGCACUCACAACAGCUGAGGCAACAACCACAGCAGGAACAACAACAGACAAUACAGAACCACCAACAACAGCAUCCACAACAGCUGAGGCAACCACAACAGAAAGAACAACACAAGACAUCGUCAUAGAAUCAACAACAGUAGCAUCCACAACAGCUGAAGCAACCACUACAGAAGGAACGGCACUAACAGUUGUCACAGAAUCAACAGGGGUAUCCACAAAAGCUGAACCAUCCACUACUGAAGGAAAAACAACAGCCAACACCUCAGAACCACCAACAACACCAUCCACAACAGCUGAGGCAACCACAACAGAAAGAACAACACAAGACAUCGUCAUAGAAUCAACAACAGUAGCAUCCACAACAGCUGAAGCAACCACUACAGAAGGAACGGCACUAACAGUUGUCACAGAAUCAACAGGGGUAUCCACAAAAGUUGAGGCAACAACUACAGAAGGAACAGCACUACCAGUUGUCACAGAAUCAACAGCAGUAUCCACAACAGCAGAGACAACAACUCUAAAAGAUACCACACCUCACACCACAGAGCCAUCAACAGAAGCACUCACAACAGCUGAGGCAACAACCACAGCAGGAACAACAACAGACAAUACAGAACCACCAACAACAGCAUCCACAACAGCUGAGGCAACCACAACAGAAAGAACAACACAAGACAUCGUCAUAGAAUCAACAACAGUAGCAUCCACAACAGCUGAAGCAACCACUACAGAAGGAACGGCACUAACAGUUGUCACAGAAUCAACAGGGGUAUCCACAAAAGCUGAACCAUCCACUACUGAAGGAAAAACAACAGCCAACACCUCAGAACCACCAACAACAGCAUCCACAACAGCUGAGGCAACCACAACAGAAAGAACAACACAAGACAUCGUCAUAGAAUCAACAACAGUAGCAUCCACAACAGCUGAAGCAACCACUACAGAAGGAACGGCACUAACAGUUGUCACAGAAUCAACAGGGGUAUCCACAAAAGUUGAGGCAACAACUACAGAAGGAACAGCACUACCAGUUGUCACAGAAUCAACAGCAGUAUCCACAACAGCAGAGACAACAACUCUAAAAGAUACCACACCUCACACCACAGAGCCAUCAACAGAAGCACUCACAACAGCUGAGGCAACAACCACAGCAGGAACAACAACAGACAAUACAGAACCACCAACAACAGCAUCCACAACAGCUGAGGCAACCACAACAGAAAGAACAACACAAGACAUCGUCAUAGAAUCAACAACAGUAGCAUCCACAACAGCUGAAGCAACCACUACAGAAGGAACGGCACUAACAGUUGUCACAGAAUCAACAGGGGUAUCCACAAAAGCUGAGGCAACAACUACAGAAGGAACAGCACUACCAGUUGUCACAGAAUCAACAGCAGUAUCCACAACAGCAGAGACAACAACUCUAAAAGAUACCACACCUCACACCACAGAGCCAUCAACAGAAGCACUCACAACAGCUGAGGCAACAACCACAGCAGGAACAACAACAGACAAUACAGAACCACCAACAACAGCAUCCACAACAGCUGAGGCAACCACAACAGAAAGAACAACACAAGACAUCGUCAUAGAAUCAACAACAGUAGCAUCCACAACAGCUGAACCAUCCACUACUGAAGGAAAAACAACAGCCAACACCUCAGAACCACCAACAACACCAUCCACAACAGCUGAGGCAACCAGUACAGAAGGAACAGCACUACCAGUUGUCACAGAAUCAACAGCGGUAUCCACAACAGCUGAGGCAACAACUACAGAAGGAACAGCACUACCAGUUGUCACAGAAUCAACAGCAGUAUCCACAACAGCAGAGACAACAACUCUAAAAGAUACCACACCUCACACCACAGAGCCAUCAACAGAAGCACUCACAACAGCUGAGGCAACAACCACAGCAGGAACAACAACAGACAAUACAGAACCACCAACAACAGCAUCCACAACAGCUGAGGCAACCACAACAGAAAGAACAACACAAGACAUCGUCAUGGAAUCAACAACAGUAGCAUCCACAACAGCUGAAGCAACCACUACAGAAGGAACGGCACUAACAGUUGUCACAGAAUCAACAGGGGUAUCCACAAAAGCUGAACCAUCCACUACUGAAGGAAAAACAACAGCCAACACCUCAGAACCACCAACAACACCAUCCACAACAGCUGAGGCAACCAGUACAGAAGGAACAGCACUACCAGUUGUCACAGAAUCAACAGCGGUAUCCACAACAGCUGAGGCAACAACUACAGAAGGAACAGCACUACCAGUUGUCACAGAAUCAACAGCAGUAUCCACAACAGCAGAGACAACAACUCUAAAAGAUACCACACCUCACACCACAGAGCCAUCAACAGAAGCACUCACAACAGCUGAGGCAACAACCACAGCAGGAACAACAACAGACAAUACAGAACCACCAACAACAGCAUCCACAACAGCUGAGGCAACCACAACAGAAAGAACAACACAAGACAUCGUCAUAGAAUCAACAACAGUAGCAUCCACAACAGCUGAAGCAACCACUACAGAAGGAACGGCACUAACAGUUGUCACAGAAUCAACAGGGGUAUCCACAAAAGUUGAGGCAACAACUACAGAAGGAACAGCACUACCAGUUGUCACAGAAUCAACAGCAGUAUCCACAACAGCAGAGACAACAACUCUAAAAGAUACCACACCUCACACCACAGAGCCAUCAACAGAAGCACUCACAACAGCUGAGGCAACAACCACAGCAGGAACAACAACAGACAAUACAGAACCACCAACAACAGCAUCCACAACAGCUGAGGCAACCACAACAGAAAGAACAACACAAGACAUCGUCAUAGAAUCAACAACAGUAGCAUCCACAACAGCUGAACCAUCCACUACUGAAGGAAAAACAACAGCCAACACCUCAGAACCACCAACAACACCAUCCACAACAGCUGAGGCAACCAGUACAGAAGGAACAGCACUACCAGUUGUCACAGAAUCAACAGCGGUAUCCACAACAGCUGAGGCAACAACUACAGAAGGAACAGCACUACCAGUUGUCACAGAAUCAACAGCAGUAUCCACAACAGUUGAAACAACCACUAAAGAAGCCACAACAGCACACGCCACAGAACAAUUAACAGCAGCAUCCACAACAGCAGAGACAACAACUCUAAAAGAUACCACACCUCACACCACAGAGCCAUCAACAGAAGCACUCACAACAGCUGAGGCAACAACCACAGCAGGAACAACAACAGACAAUACAGAACCACCAACAACAGCAUCCACAACAGCUGAGGCAACCACAACAGAAAGAACAACACAAGACAUCGUCAUAGAAUCAACAACAGUAGCAUCCACAACAGCUGAAGCAACCACUACAGAAGGAACGGCACUAACAGUUGUCACAGAAUCAACAGGGGUAUCCACAAAAGCUGAACCAUCCACUACUGAAGGAAAAACAACAGCCAACACCUCAGAACCACCAACAACACCAUCCACAACAGCUGAGGCAACCAGUACAGAAGGAACAGCACUACCAGUUGUCACAGAAUCAACAGCGGUAUCCACAACAGCUGAGGCAACAACUACAGAAGGAACAGCACUACCAGUUGUCACAGAAUCAACAGCAGUAUCCACAACAGCAGAGACAACAACUCUAAAAGAUACCACACCUCACACCACAGAGCCAUCAACAGAAGCACUCACAACAGCUGAGGCAACAACCACAGCAGGAACAACAACAGACAAUACAGAACCACCAACAACAGCAUCCACAACAGCUGAGGCAACCACAACAGAAAGAACAACACAAGACAUCGUCAUAGAAUCAACAACAGUAGCAUCCACAACAGCUGAAGCAACCACUACAGAAGGAACGGCACUAACAGUUGUCACAGAAUCAACAGGGGUAUCCACAAAAGCUGAGGCAACAACUACAGAAGGAACAGCACUACCAGUUGUCACAGAAUCAACAGCAGUAUCCACAACAGCAGAGACAACAACUCUAAAAGAUACCACACCUCACACCACAGAGCCAUCAACAGAAGCACUCACAACAGCUGAGGCAACAACCACAGCAGGAACAACAACAGACAAUACAGAACCACCAACAACAGCAUCCACAACAGCUGAGGCAACCACAACAGAAAGAACAACACAAGACAUCGUCAUAGAAUCAACAACAGUAGCAUCCACAACAGCUGAAGCAACCACUACAGAAGGAACGGCACUAACAGUUGUCACAGAAUCAACAGGGGUAUCCACAAAAGUUGAGGCAACAACUACAGAAGGAACAGCACUACCAGUUGUCACAGAAUCAACAGCAGUAUCCACAACAGCAGAGACAACAACUCUAAAAGAUACCACACCUCACACCACAGAGCCAUCAACAGAAGCACUCACAACAGCUGAGGCAACAACCACAGCAGGAACAACAACAGACAAUACAGAACCACCAACAACAGCAUCCACAACAGCUGAGGCAACCACAACAGAAAGAACAACACAAGACAUCGUCAUAGAAUCAACAACAGUAGCAUCCACAACAGCUGAACCAUCCACUACUGAAGGAAAAACAACAGCCAACACCUCAGAACCACCAACAACACCAUCCACAACAGCUGAGGCAACCAGUACAGAAGGAACAGCACUACCAGUUGUCACAGAAUCAACAGCGGUAUCCACAACAGCUGAGGCAACAACUACAGAAGGAACAGCACUACCAGUUGUCACAGAAUCAACAGCAGUAUCCACAACAGCAGAGACAACAACUCUAAAAGAUACCACACCUCACACCACAGAGCCAUCAACAGAAGCACUCACAACAGCUGAGGCAACAACCACAGCAGGAACAACAACAGACAAUACAGAACCACCAACAACAGCAUCCACAACAGCUGAGGCAACCACAACAGAAAGAACAACACAAGACAUCGUCAUAGAAUCAACAACAGUAGCAUCCACAACAGCUGAAGCAACCACUACAGAAGGAACGGCACUAACAGUUGUCACAGAAUCAACAGGGGUAUCCACAAAAGCUGAACCAUCCACUACUGAAGGAAAAACAACAGCCAACACCUCAGAACCACCAACAACACCAUCCACAACAGCUGAGGCAACCAGUACAGAAGGAACAGCACUACCAGUUGUCACAGAAUCAACAGCGGUAUCCACAACAGCUGAGGCAACAACUACAGAAGGAACAGCACUACCAGUUGUCACAGAAUCAACAGCAGUAUCCACAACAGCAGAGACAACAACUCUAAAAGAUACCACACCUCACACCACAGAGCCAUCAACAGAAGCACUCACAACAGCUGAGGCAACAACCACAGCAGGAACAACAACAGACAAUACAGAACCACCAACAACAGCAUCCACAACAGCUGAGGCAACCACAACAGAAAGAACAACACAAGACAUCGUCAUAGAAUCAACAACAGUAGCAUCCACAACAGCUGAACCAUCCACUACUGAAGGAAAAACAACAGCCAACACCUCAGAACCACCAACAACACCAUCCACAACAGCUGAGGCAACCAGUACAGAAGGAACAGCACUACCAGUUGUCACAGAAUCAACAGCGGUAUCCACAACAGCUGAGGCAACAACUACAGAAGGAACAGCACUACCAGUUGUCACAGAAUCAACAGCAGUAUCCACAACAGCAGAGACAACAACUCUAAAAGAUACCACACCUCACACCACAGAGCCAUCAACAGAAGCACUCACAACAGCUGAGGCAACAACCACAGCAGGAACAACAACAGACAAUACAGAACCACCAACAACAGCAUCCACAACAGCUGAAGCAAGCACUACAGAAGGAACGGCACUAACAGUUGUCACAGAAUCAACAGGGGUAUCCACAAAAGCUGGGGUAUCCACUACUGAAGGAAAAACAACAGCACCCACCACAGAGCCAUCAACAGCAGCAUCCACAACAGCUGAGGCAACUACAGAAGGAACAGCACUACCAGUUGUCACACAAUCUACUGCGGUAUCCACAAAAGCUAAGGCAACAACUUCAGAAGGAAAAACAAUACUUCCCACCACAAAUCAAAUAACAACAGAAUCUACAACAGUUUGGACAACAGGGGUAACAACAACAACGCAUGCUGCAGAAACAUCAAUAACAACAUCCACUACAGCUGAGUCAACCACUCUAAAAGGUACAACACCUCACACCACACACCCAUCGACAGUAGCAUCCACAACAGCGGUUGCACUUUAUGAAUUUGGAGUGACUGCAGGAGAUUUAAGCAUAAAAGAAAAUAAUGCAGAGGUCACAUCUUCACUCUUGAAACCUAAAAUUGGAUUUCCAUUUGGAGCAACCAUGUACAAAUCUCUUUAUUUUACAGACAAUGGACAAAUAAUAUUCCCAGCCUUCGAUAGUGAAAUUAGGAACUAUACUAAUCCAUCAGCUGAGGGCUUCAAGACUUCCUCAAAGCCUGCUAUGUUAGCUGCAUUUUGGGAUGAUGCUGACCUCAGCUCUGGAGGAAACAUUUAUUAUCAGGAAUACUCAACUAUAUCAAGCAGUAACUCUAUUGUAAAAGACAUAGAAUUGAAGAUUCAGACCAACCUAAAAGUGACCUACACAGCCAAAUGGACUCUCAAGAUCACAUGGGAAAAUAUCCCUGCAUACCCAGCUGAAAGGUUUAAGGAUAAGACAAACACCUUCCAGGCUAUCAUCACCACAGAUGGUGUUGAGGCUUAUGCCAUGAUGCUAUACAAAGAUAAAGGAAUGAACUGGGACACUGAUAGGCUGGCCACUACAAAUGUCCAGAUGGGUUACAACAGUGCUGAUGGGUUUUUCCUGAAUGAUGGCCAGAUGUCAAAAACACCAAAGGAUAAAUACCGACCUGACAGAUUUAUAGGAGCUAAUUCAAAUAUAAGGGGACUCUGGAUUUACAAGUUGACCAAAGGAACCUUUAAAGAAAAUGCCAAAGUGAAGUGUCUAGAAUGGGUUGAACUACAGCCAGAGGUAUCAACAUGGGCCUCAGAUAUGGCUGACUGCCCUUGCAGUUUGCAGCAAGGACAGCAAGAUGGAAGAUACCGUAGAGCUGGGACAGAUGGGGAUUUUACAGUUUUGCGCAAGGUUUUCUCGGCCAAUAGACAAGGAGUCAGGUGCCUCUAUGACAAAAAAGGCUCAUUUUACAAAGGCUGGAUUGAGAGGCACCCAAAAAAUAUCACAGAACGCAGUCAAGCUGAAGAUUUAGAAAUUCAGGCCCAUACAUGGUGCUGUAAGAACAUUGAAGAUCCAAACUUCUGUGACUACUACCAGACAAAGAGACCUCAGAGAGACUGCAGCUCUUAUAGAGCCCCAUCGUCAGGGCUGAUGAGUGGAGAUCCACACAUAGCAUCAUUUGAUGGUUUGCACUAUACCUUUAAUGGGCUGGGAGAUUUCAUCCUGAUUAAUGCACAGGAUUCAGACAGCAGUUUCACUUUGCAGGCUCGCACGGUCAUCACUCCUAAUUCAAAAGCCACCAACUUCAAUAAUUUUUUAGCUCAGUAUAAAGAAAAUGGGACAACAAACACAGUUUUAUGGACCCUGAAAGGAACAGACUCAGUUGAUGUUAUCGUAAACAACAACCUAAUAUCAGAAUUCACAACGGUUUUGGACUCUGGAGAGUUUUAUGAAGCAGAUGAAAUCCUGCUUAAGAGAAGUAGUGGAAACACAGUAUCCGCCACAUUUAACGGAAUCCUUUCAAUUAAAGUAACAGCAUCCUUGUCACUGCUGAAUGCUGUUGUUAACCUGCCUUCUAAAUAUAAAAACAAAACUGAAGGCCUUCUUGGAAAAUGGAAUGAUGACCAAAGUGAUGACCUUAAAAAGAGAAAUGGAGAUACCAUUCCACCUUCAAGUACAGAGUCUGAAAUAUACACAUUUGGCUUAACGUGGGAUGCUGGCCAAGAAAGCCUAUUCCCAAGUAAAAGCAGAUCAGUCCAAAGCAAGACUGCUGAUACAAGUUUCAAACCUGUGUUCCUGGAAGAUCUUAAAAAGCUAGAAGGCUAUGCCAAAGUAGAAGCAGCAUGUGGCAAUGAUGUUAGUUGUAUUUUUGAUGGAAUGAGCACUGGUAAUUUGACCAUAGGAUUGGCCACAAAGGAAACUUUAACUAGCUUUGCAGAGAAUAAGAAAGCACUUGAGUCUUUUCCACCCAACAUUACAGGAAUAAAACUGUUUACAGCCAAUAUUGGAAAAACAGUUACAGAGAGAUACACUGCAAAAACAAGUGAUGGGUCACAAGUUAAAUUCACCCCUAUUACAUCAGGAGAUGUGAAUUUGACAGAAAGUGGAAUUCUCACGUGGAUCCCUACAAGUGUGAAGCCACUGAGUGUAACAGUUGAAGCUGUUGGAGGAAAUAAUGUGACUGCUAUUUUGCAACCAAUGUUUGUUGUGUGUAACUGUGGGACCAGUGGUGAAUGCGUCUAUGAUGAUACCACUAGAGUCGGUGACUCUGCGCUAUAUGAAACAUCCUGCAAGUGUAAUGCUGGUUACACAGGAAAGAACUGUCGAACACAACAAAGCAUUUGUGAAACUGUGAGCUGUUAUCCAGGAGUAGCUUGCAGUGAAACAACAGGCUGUGCCCAGUGUCCCGCUGGCAAGGAGGGGAAUGGCAUUCAAUGCUCAGAUAUAAAUCACUGUUUAAGCAACCCAUGCCCAUCCACUGCUUCGUGCACAAGCAUUAAGGACAGCUUCAGAUGUGACUGCAAGGAAGGAUAUAAAGGAGAUGGAAAGACGUGCACUGACAAAGAUGAAUGUACUUCAGACUCACCCUGCACCCAAAGCGCUGUGUGCUCCAACACAGAGGGAUCUUACACAUGCACUUGCAAAGCAGGAUAUUCAGGAGAUGGAAAAACAUCCUGUACUGAUGUUGAUGAGUGUAAGACCAGCUCACCUUGUUCACCAAACGCUAACUGCACCAAUGAAAUUGGGUCUUACAAGUGUGUCUGCAAGCAAGGAUUUCAAGGAGAUGGACAAUUCUGCACUGACAUUGACGAAUGUUUGAACUCACCCUCAUGCUCUCCAUAUGCUGACUGUGCCAACUCUGCCGGAUCCUACAAAUGCACUUGCAAACAUGGUUAUACAGGGGAUGGCAAACUCUGUAACAAUAGUUGUGGUGAUUGCCCAGCUGAUUUCUGUAGCAAUGGAGGAUCUUGCAUUCAAAUCCCAGCUGAUGGCUGUAAAGCCACCUGCACAUGCCCCAGUCCAUACACAGGGGAACGCUGUGGUGUAGCUGGGGGAACUUUUAUGCCAAAGCCUUUAGCAAGUGCACCAAAGAGAUCCCUCAAGUUAAGUCUUAAAUUGAAGGGGGAAUAUAACCAACAGGCCAUUGGUGAUAUUAAGAGCCCAGAAUAUGUAUCUCUAGUAAAACAGAUUGAUACUAAGGUAGGUCAGCGGAUGUUGGCCCUGACUGUGAAAACCUUUGCUAAAAAUCAAGAUAUCGCCUUGAAAGUUGUCAAUAAUCGGGUGGCUGCCGAGUUCUUGUCCUUGUUUGAUUAUGGUGCCAGCAUUACAGACAUUGAUUUCCUAAAUAAUAAAUUACAAGAUGCCAUCAUUGAUGUUUUAAAUGUCAAAGUACAGAGACGGAGAAGAGAAGAUACUGUGCAGUUUGAACCUGUGACUAAAGCUGAUAUCACAGAUGUUAACAAAACAACUGCUGAAGACCUUUCACAGCAUAUGAACUGUACUAGUAAAGGAAUCAAGGGCUAUUCAGCAGUGUUUGAUCCAAAAAUUGGCAUUGUGUGUGUAUCUCCUUGUUUAACAAAUGACUAUUGCAAAAAUGGAGGAACAUGCCAACAUUACGUUGAAGGACCCAUGUGCAAAUGUGUUUCGUUUCAAAUAUACGCACCAUACGGUGAAAAUUGUGAAUACCUGGCUAUGAAUCUUCGUGCAUUCUUUGGAAUUCUGUUUGGAACCGUGGCUUUCAUCUUUGUCGUGGUGGUACUGCUGUCCCUGCUGUUUUAUUGCUAUUGCAGAAAAACGCGUUGUUCACCUAAUUUAAAUGAAAGUAAAGAGCCUGGUUUCUUCUGGGGUUAUGGACCUUUUAAUCCAUUGAGUCGAAUGAAAGAGGAUUCAUUGAAAUCUCCAGUCAAUCAACCACAACUUGUACAGUGGAAAUCUAACCCUUAAAGAGCUGAACGAAAGCAAAACAAAUUCCCAAAUCCCAUUUAUGGAAAACUUGGUUGUAUUUCUAGAAGGAGAAUCUGCCCACUAAUCAACACAUCAUAUCCAAGCAUCAUAAAAUCUCUGUGGGGCUUUCAUUCAUGUUGCUUCUUUUUGUUUGGCCUCCCCCUCCCCUGUCACCACCUUGCAGCAAUUGUUUUGAUGGAACAAAUUACUUUUUUAUUCAUGGAAACUGUUCUAGGCUGGUGUUGCCUUAUUUAAAUAGUGUAAAAUAGUUACAUGUAUACUUUCCAUCAAAACAGGCUACAAUUAUUAUUAGUAUUAUUAUUAUUAUUGUUUAUUUCUUAGCAGACGCCCUUAUCCAGGCCGACUUACAAUUGUUACAAGUUAUCACAUUAUUUUUACAUACAAUUACCCAUUUAUACAGUUGGGUUUUUACUGGAGCAAUCUAGGUAAAGUACUUUGCUCAAGGGUUCAGCAGCAGGGUCCCCACCUGGGAUUGAACCAGGUUCAAGUUUGUAGGUACAAGUUUGUGAAUAGGGCCCUCUGCACUGUUUCUUUUCUAACAAAUGUGAAGAGUCUUAUUUUUAUAUUUGUUCUUAUUCUAUAAAGUUUUUGGGG